AUGACUUGUGUUACAAGAGGAUGCCUGCAGAGACAGAAGGAAUUUAUCCUUGAUGGUGUGGCAGUGGACACCAUCGCUGGAAGUUAUACCAACAUCUUGCCCAAACUGUGGUCUGCAUUGCCUCCUUAUAACGCUCAGCUGGACAUCCACGCUGCCAGCUACUUUUCAUCCCCAGUGGUCAAGUCAGUGUUGAAAAAGACAGGCCAGACGCGUGGAGGAACCUCUCGGGAUGGCUGGAUAGUGGACUAUUUCCAUAUCUAUGGGCCAGGACAAAGAUACUUGAACAGGAGAAACUGGGCAGGAGCUGGCCAUUCGCCACAGCAAGUGGCUGGUCAUCAUGUGUACUUGAUGGAUGCAAAGCCUGUACAAGGGUACAAUGGUCGAUAUGGUUAUCGUCGUAACACACCUGAUCUCCGUACACACUCUUCUUGCUUCAGUGAAGUCACAUGGCUUCCUCUCCACUGA